CAGGAGACACACACACACACGCACACACACAUACACACACCUACAUGAAUCUAGCAUACAUACAUACAUAUAUUCAUUUAUAUACACACACAUAAAUAUAUAUCUUCUUAUAGCAUCUUCUCCUCCUCCUCCUCCUGUUCUUCUUUGUUAAUCGUGUGUUAGAAGAAGAAGAAGAAGAAGAAGAAGAAGAAGAUGGGUAACAAAGUAGCCGCUUUUACUGAAGAACAAUUAACAGAGUACGAAGCGUGUUCUUUUUUGACCAGGAACAACAUUUUAAGGGCAGAGCGGCUGUUCCGGAAGGUGUGUGGGGGCAAGCUCCCUCCCCAAUUGAGCCCCUCCAUCGCCUCCUCCCUCAGAGCCUCCUUCAGCGACCUCGACACCCUCCCGGAACUCAAGGAGAACCCGUUUCGGCGGCGCGUGUGUGAGGUGUUCGGGGAGUCGCCCGACGGCGCCCUCACCUUCGAGCAGUUCCUGGAAAUGUUCUCAGUCUUCAGCGAGUACUGCCCCAGGGACGUGAAGGCCGCCUACGCCUUCAGAGUGUAUGAUUUCGACGGGGACGGUUACCUGGGUGAGAGCGACCUGGGAGAGACCGUGAGACACCUGACCCACGACCUGCUGUCCGCCGAAGAAUACAGCACCAUUGUCAGCAAGGUGCUGGAGGAGGCUGACGUGGACUGUGACGGUCGAGUCUCGCAAUCUGAGUUCGUCCACGUCAUCCUCAAGUGUCCGGAGUUUGUGCCUAACUUCCACAUCCGUAUUUAAGGGAAAGGAUCUGAUAGUGCUUUGUUUUUUUACGUAUAAGGGAAAGAAUCUAUUCAUGUCUGUGUUUCGCCAAUUAAGAGAAAGGUAUAGGAUUACUGUGCUCGUUAAAAGUGUUCCCUGAGGUUCAUGUCAUCGCUCUCGCCAUGCCUUCCAUGUAUUUUUUUUUUUUAAGAGAAAGAAUUCAAUCAUGUGUGUUUCGCCGAUUAAGAGAAAGGUAUAGGAUUAGUAUGCUCAUUAACCUGGUAGCAGCGGGGAUCAUGUUUCUUAAUGGUCCCUCUAAGCUAGAAAAGUGAGAAAAAAUCGUGGCACAAAUUUGGCCCGUCGCUGCUACACGGUAAAGCCACAAAUUUGCCCCGUCGCUGCUACACGGUAAAGCCACAAAUUUGCCCCGUCGCUGCUACACGGUAAAGCCACAAAUUUGGCCCGUCGCUGCUACACGGUAAAGCCACAAAUUUGCCCCGUCGCUGCUACACGGUAAAGCCACAAAUUUGGCCCGUCGCUGCUACACGGUAAAGCCACAAAUUUGGCCCGUCGCUGCUACCUGGUUAAGUGUUCCCUGAGGUUCAUGUGUUCGCCUUCUUCUUGGUCAUACGUGAAAUGCAUCUUUAUAUAGCUUGUCUCUUAGAAGUGAUUAGUGAAGUCAGGCGUCUUUUAGUAUAGCUUGAACACUUGUCUAAUCUACUCUUUGAGAAGUCAGCCUUUUCGCAUUUUAUUUAUCCUUAAGUUGAAUAUAAAGGAUGAAGUGUAUGUAAUGUUUCCUUAAGUAAUAUAUGU